AUGGCGAUCGGAACUGUUUUACUGAUGGUGGCCAUAGUUUCAUGCUUAUCCUCAUUUGCAAACGCCGCCCAGGGACUCGCCGUUUACUACCCGCCCCGCAACAACAACUACCUCCCAUCCAAGUGCUAUGGGUAUCAAGAUAAUGGGUGGAUGGUGGCGGGAGUGAGUGAUGCGCUUUGGAACAAUGGCGCAGCCUGUGGGAGGAGGUACAGAGUGCGAUGCAUCGGAGGAGCCAACGCCGCUCCACAUCCUUGCAAAGCCGGUAGCGUGGUUGUUAAAGUCGUAGAUUACUGUAGAUCAGUUUGUUAUGGAGAUAUCAAUCUUUCCCAAUAUGCUUUCUCCCAGAUUGCUGAUGUUAAUGCUGGAAAAGGUUUGAAGUUUGAAGCUUUUCUAUUUGGAGAGGAGAAGAUGUUUAUUAAGCAUUAA